UUGGAGUGAUGACGGAGAGAGGAAGAGAGCCCUUAGUAAUUUAGCAGAGAAUAACCGCGCGCGUCUUUUAGUUGUAAUUUUAACACUUGUUCAUUCUGAGCUCGAGGGGAACUCGUUCUAAGAAUCUGAGGACAUUUGCCCAAGGGUACGUGGGAGUUAUGUGUGGGAAUGUAUGGGAUAAAAGCACGCACUGACCCCAGUAGAGGACACACGACGCGCAGCGGACAAUCACUCAAGAUUUUUCGCAACAACUGACACAACAGCAUCGAAGAUGGCUUGGUUGAUGACGUUCAUCCUUCUCUUUUGUUUGUCCAUAUUGAGGAUAUCUGCGCUUAAUAUUUUCCCUGAAAAAUUUAAACUGGCUGAAAGAGGCAAAUCUGUUACCCUGACCUGUAGAACAGAUAAAGACAAAAUCACAUGGAGACGUGAGGACACAAAUAGCAUAGUGAACAUAUUACAAUCAAAUUUUGAAAAACCCAGUGGGCGGGAUUUGACCCUGAUUGACCUUCAGGAAGACCUGACCGGUAAUUACACUUGCUGGAGUGAUACGGGUCUUGAAGACUACACCUAUCUCCUGCUCGACAAGUCUAAAGAAGCUACAGCUUUUAAAAUCAACUGCACAGCUGAAACCUUUUCCUGCACUCAAAAAAUCAAAUGUGCCUGGACCUCAAAUGAAUUUACUGCUUUCAGACUUCGCAAUACAAGGGAUAAUGGUGACUGGGUGUCACAGUCUGUGGACGGGGUUUUUCUCCCACAUUCAACCAAUUCAUAUUCUGAAGAGUCUGAGCGGCUGCUGAUAACAGGGGAGGCAGUUUCCACAUGCUGCUAUAUGAAAACCGACUACAGCUUCUUUCUACGAGACAUUGUUAAGCCAGCAGAUCCAGGCAUUUCAAUCUGCACUAUAGAAAAUGAGGGGAGUGAUGAGCAAACCAUAGAAUUAGAGGUGAAGCCUCCCUCGACCUGGCCGCAGCCCCACAGUUUCUUUCCUCUUAAGCAUGAGAUUGAGUAUGAGAUACGGCACAAUGGAGAGCUGAAGACUGAAGAAAGGGAGAGCUCAAAGAUCAAAUUGGAGGGCUCCAUCACGAAACUAAGGGUCCGCUGCAGAGACCUGCUGCUCCUCUCUCAGUGGAGCGAGUGGAGCAAGUGGAAAAACGUAAACUAGCGAUUUAAACCUCCCUUCCUCCUGAACCCUUUAUUUAUAUCUCCCGUCCCAUUUUCCAAUUCCUUAUUUAUUCUUUGUAUAUGUGUUUAAGUAUGAAUGAUCAUGUUGUUGGUUGCGUAUGACUGUUACGCACUGAUUGUAUGUACCAUUUCUCUGUCCUAUUAAAAACCCUUGCUCCUC